UCCGGAUAAGGACACUUGUAUUCUAUUUCCAAACAUUCUUUUUCCCGUCCUCAGUUGACAUCGAUAAAAAAGAGUUCCAUUUUCUUUCUCGGUAACCAAACAGCUAUCUUUUGCCCGUGUCAAAGCCACAAUGAGCGAAACCGCCAACCCAAUCAUCGAAAAGGCGGGCUCAAAUUCCGAACCCAACCUCAAGCGCCAACCUCAAGUCGACGAUGAAACUUCUGAUUCGGGGGCAAAGAAACCCAAAACCAACCCUCCGGUUCAAGAAGAAACAGAGAAAGAAGAAGUGAAAGAGAAGUCAUUGGAGAUAGAAGCUGCUGUAGCAGAGGAUAAAGGGUCCAGGCAUACCAUGGAGGAUGCUUGGGUUAUCAUGCUCGAUGCUACCUUGAAUUCUCCUGGAAAAUUAAGGUGUGGGCAUUUUGCGAUAUACGACGGGCAUGGAGGGCGGUUAGCGGCGGAGUACGCUCAGAAUCAUUUGCACGCUAAUGUUGUUUCUUCUGGCUUACCACGUGAGUUGUUAGAUGUGAAAGCUGCCAAAAAGGCUAUCCUUGAUGGUUUCCGGAAGACUGAUGAGGCUCUACUUCAAGAAAGUUCUUCAGGGGGAUGGCAAGAUGGUGCUACAGCUGUAUGCCUGUGGGUGAUUGAAAAAACGGUUUUUGUUGCAAACAUUGGGGAUGCAAAAGCAGUAGUGGCACGAUCUGCUGAUGGUUCAGAUAAAGCAAGUCCAUUGAAGGCCAUUGUUUUGACCAGGGAGCAUAAAGCCAUAUAUCCACAGGAACGUGCUCGCAUUCAGAAGGCUGGUGGUACUGUGAGUUCAAAUGGACGAUUGCAGGGGCGCCUUGAAGUGUCUCGGGCAUUUGGAGAUCGCCAAUUCAAAAAGCUUGCAAACUGCAGGUUGGUGUUGUUGCUACUCCAGAUAUUCAUUCUUUUGACCUAACAGAUAGAGAACACUUCAUUAUUCUUGGUUGUGAUGGCCUCUGGGGGGUAUUUGGACCAAGUGAUGCUGUUGAAUUUGUUCAGAAGUUACUGAAGGUAAGGUUGAUUUAUAUUCUUUCUUUUGAGUUAGCUAUUUAUUGAUAUCUCAUGUUAAGUGUCUGGGAAGAGGCAAUGCUCCAUUGUAUAAUGGGGAGUUCUGAAUUUAUUUUUACGUGAUCAGGGACGUAGCCACAUAUAGUUGAGUGGGGUCAAUAUAGGUGUAUAAAAGUAAUUUUUUUUUGUAAUUAUUUUUUUAUCCCACUGAAGUUGAGUUAAAUCUAAAAAGAGAGGUUAAAAUAAGUAAAUGACAAUGAGUAGUUUAUAGUUUUCAAAGAAAAAAAAUCUUAAAAUAUUUUUAUAUUUGUACUAUGAAUAUGACUAUACUUUUUUUAUUUGGUUUAAUAUCUUUAUACAUUUGUCAGCAUAUUAGAAAAAAAUGCAAAAUGUGGCAUACAUUCAAAUAUAAUUAUUCUUUACAAAGUAAAAUCAUGCAUUUUAUAUAUGAUCACAAAGAGUAAUAUUUAAUUUUUAUUUAUUUAAGAAUAUUACUAUUUACUUUUGUCUCUAAAUAUAUCAUUUGCUUUUUGCUGACAACAAACAUAAAAAUAAAAUUAUAUCAAACAUAACUAGUAAAAUUCAUGAACGAUUAUACCAUAGGCAUGAAAUAGUAUCUCAUUGUAUUAGCUUUUUCUUGAAAUAAUGUACUCAAUUUUAUUUUUUGUAAAUUUAAAAAUUUGGAUUUAAUGUAAUUCUGUCAAAUAAUACAAUGUGUAAAAUAUCAUGUUUACAUAGUGUAACUUGGCAAGUGGUAUGUGACUCCACUAAAAUUUUUUCUGGUUACACCUCUGCACCUGAUCAGGACUUGUUGCUCAUUCAUAAUUCAAUUUAAUAUGAUUAUCUUGUCUGGUUGUUUAUGUCUAAAUUUUCGGACGUGGCAAUUGGCGGGUUGGGUUUGGUCCUUGUCGGGUUCAUUUUGUUUUGGGUUUGGGUCGUUUGGAGUUUGGAUCAUUUUAGAUUUGGAUCCUUUUAGGUUCAGUUAUUUCAGAUUUGAGUCAUUUUGGAUUUAGAUCAUUUUAGAUUUGAGUCAUCCAGGUUUGACACUCAGGUUAUUCAGUUUGAUGUCAUUUUAGUUCAAGUUGUAAAUUUUUAAAGUAAAAUCAAUGUAAAUUUGAUUUGUUUCGGGAUAGUCUUUUAGGUCGUUUCGGGUUCAGGUCAUUUUUAAUUUAGAUCAAUUUGGGUUCAAGUCUUUUUGGGUUUGGAUCAUCUCAGGUUCGUGUCAAUUUGGGUUCAGUUCGGGUUUAUUGGGUUUGGUUGUUGACUUUUUUUGAUCAAAUCGGGUUAGGUCGGGUUUUGGUUUAAGGCCAGUUUUCCGGACUUGGGUCAAUUUUGUCAGCUCUACAUUUAAUGCUUCCUCAAAAAUAUUUUGCAUAUUUGGCAGGAGGGUUUACCUGUUACAGCUGUCAGUCGCCGUCUUGUAAGGGAAGCUGUUCGUGAGAGACGUUGUAAAGAUAACUGCACUGCAAUUAUUAUUGUUUUCAGGUACAAGUGAUUCUAGUAUUAACAAUCGUAGCUUCCAGGCUUGCUUUCUUGCUCUUGGGUGCCAAUUUUGAAGAGGUUUAUUUCUUCUUUGAUUGCACAAUCUGCAAAAGGAAUGUCCAUUAGCUGAUACUAUUCCAAAUCAUUCAGUUUUGCUUUUCAUGUUAGCAGAAUUAGACUUUUUGGCAGGUUGUUUGGGCUAGUUUGGCACUCAGCGCCAAUGGUAAAAUUUGUAUCAGAUGUUUAUGAAAGCUGUUUGACUUGUGGUCCUCUCUGUAACAAGUUGCCGGGCAUCUAGAUAAUCUAACUCAUGGUUGUAAGUUGUACCCUUGAAUUCUGGAGAUGGGUGUCUACUGCUUGUUUUGCAAGCAAAAACAUUUAGUAAAUUAGUGCUUGUUGGCAGUCAUUUUUCAAUUUUAAAAGGCCUAAUACAUGAUUUUUAACCAU